UGUAUUUUUUUUAAGGCUCAUAGAAUUUUUUGUAAACAACGUGUUAUAUCAAUAACUUGGAUUAGAGAAAAAAUCAAUGUACCUUGUCAAUAUUUCCAACCAGUAUAUACAAUUUAUGGAGUUUGUUAUUCAUUGAAUAUGGUUCCUUUUCAUCAACUGCUUAAUGAUGACUAUAAUCAAGUAUUAUCGAAUUUGAAUCAUUCUAAAGCAGAUAUUAUAACAAAUGCAAAAAACACAGCAUGGAAUCCAGAAAUUGGAUUUAAUAAAAACGCAAAGCCAUUUAAUUUACCAUGGAAAGUUACAGGUGAUACAGUCGAAGAUUCUGUUAUAAUAAGAUUCAAUUUACAAAACGAAAACACUAGAAAACACUGUCCUAAAACUGAUAAAGGAAUGACGUUAUUUUUACAUAGUCCGAUUGAUGUACCUGCAAAUAUCCAACCUACAGCUUAUAUUGCAGUCAACAAUAUAGCUUAUAUUACAACAACAUUUACUUGGGUAACAACAUCUGAAAGUAUUUUAGGUUGGAAACCGGAUAUUCGACACUGUUAUUAUCAGCACGAAAGGACUUUAAAGUUUUUCAGAAUAUAUACAAUUAAUAACUGUGAUAUUGAGUGUAGAGCCAAUAAUUCAUUAAAGAUGUGUGGUUGUGUGGCUUACUACCACCCAAGAGAUAUGGACACUCCAAUAUGUGGCUCUGAAAAUUACAAAUGUAUGCGACAGUAUUCAAAUGAUGUUUAUUCAAUAUUUGACAAACAUUUGUUUACUAUAAAUACUACAAAUGAUUGUAAUUGCUUAGAUGUCUGUACAGACAUCAGAUUCAAACAUAACGUUGUAUACACGCAUAGGAAUUUGACAAAGAAAGUUAAAAAUCCCCAAAAACGAUAUCCAUACAAAUCAAUAAUCGUCAUGUAUUACAAAAGAAAUUUAUGGACUAUACAAAGAACUGCCUUGAUACCAGUCAAUGAGUUAUUAGGUAAUAUUGGUGGAUCCUUAGGAUUAUUUCUUGGCGCAAGCAUAAUUAGUGUGUUUGAACUUAUAUACUUUUUUGUAGUACGAUUAUACGUUGAUCGGUGGAACAAAAACAAAGUAAAAAAAAAUGUUAAAAAAACUCGUAAACUUUCUCUAGUGUAGGUAGGUAUAGUACAUUUCGAGUGUAGGUACUUACCAUCGUUGAAGAGUAUUAAUCAAUGACCAAUCAUUAUACGUAUUUGAAAAAUCAAUUUUAAGAGAAGGAGAUGACAUCAGUAUCUAUUUCUAAGGAUAGUUCAUCUUAUAUUUGCAUUGUUGUUAGUGUUUUAUUAAUUCAGUAAAUGGUAGUCGCAGAGGCAUACAUUUGGUUAAAAAUAAAAUGAGCAAAUAUAGA